GGGCUUUCCCCUGUAGUGUCGUUACGCCAUUUAAACGUUGUCUGUUUUUCUCUCUACCCGAGCAUUUCUCACACUUCCUGCUGCAGAGUCUUACGCUUCAGCCUAAAGGGCGAUGGGGGGACAAGGCGAGAAAGGUCGGCAGAUCAAGAGACUGAAGGUGUCUUCAAAGGAUGAUUUCAAAGAUUUUGGCAUUGACGAGGACACAGAUUUUGCCGAUGCUGAAGAUAGUUCUCGGGAUGGCCUACAAGAAGGAAAGAAGAGGGACUUCACUAAACUGGAACUAAAGCUUGAUCACUCCAAUAGACCUUUGUGGGCUUGCGCAGAUGGGCGAAUUUUUCUCGAGACCUUCUCUCCAUUGUACAAACAAGCUUACGAUUUCCUCAUUGCAAUUGCCGAACCUGUAUGUAGGCCAGAAUCAAUGCAUGAAUACAACCUGACGCCCCAUUCAUUGUAUGCUGCUGUAUCUGUGGGGCUCGAAACCGAAACCAUAAUAUCAGUUCUGAACAAAUUGUCGAAGACAAAACUUCCUAGAGAGAUGAUCGAUUUCAUCCAUGGUUCCACUGCAAAUUAUGGAAAAGUGAAGCUGGUCCUCAAGAAAAAUCGUUACUUUGUUGAAUCGCCAUUUCCUGAGGUUUUGAAGACCCUUCUCAGGGAUGGUACUAUUGCUGGGGCAAGAAUUUCCUCUGACCAGGCAUCUACAUUGCAUGGGGAUGCAUUUACAGUUAGCAAAACAAUGGGUGAAAUAGAAGGUGGUCAUCAGGAGUUGCUUGAUGAAGUAGAUGUGGCAGCAGCAGCUGAAGAGAAGGAAACCCAUUCCUUUGAAAUUGAUCCUGCUCAGGUUGAACAGGUGAAGCAACGUUGUUUACCUAAUGCUUUGAAUUUUCCAAUGCUGGAGGAAUAUGACUUCAGAAAUGACACUGUGAAUCCUGACUUGAACAUGGAGUUGAAGCCCCAUGCACAACCCCGACCUUACCAAGAGAAGAGUCUCAGCAAGAUGUUUGGAAAUGGUAGAGCUAGAUCUGGCAUUAUUGUCCUCCCUUGUGGAGCAGGGAAAUCUCUUGUUGGUGUUUCUGCAGCUUGUCGGAUUAAAAAGAGCUGCCUCUGCUUGGCAACAAAUGCUGUUUCCGUAGAUCAGUGGGCAUUUCAGUUUAAGCUUUGGUCUACUAUUAGAGAUGAUCAAAUUUGCCGUUUUACUUCUGAUAGCAAGGAAACAUUUCGUGGCAAUGCUGGUGUGGUUGUGACAACUUAUAACAUGGUUGCUUUUGGUGGUAAACGUUCUGAAGAGUCAGAGAAAAUUAUCGAGGAAAUUCGGAAAAGAGAGUGGGGUUUGCUUCUGAUGGAUGAGGUGCAUGUGGUUCCAGCACAUAUGUUUCGUAAGGUCUUAAGCAUCACCAAAUCGCACUGUAAACUUGGGCUCACUGCCACACUGGUGAGAGAGGAUGAACGUAUCACAGAUUUGAACUUCCUUAUUGGUCCCAAACUAUAUGAAGCAAACUGGUUGGAUUUGGUCAAAGGAGGAUUUAUUGCUAAUGUGCAGUGUGCUGAGGUUUGGUGUCCAAUGACAAAGGAAUUCUUUGCAGAAUAUUUGAAGAAGGAAAAUUCCAAAAAGAAACAGGCAUUGUAUGUGAUGAAUCCCAACAAAUUUAGAGCAUGUGAAUUUCUGAUUCGUUUCCAUGAGCAACAGCGUGGAGAUAAAAUAAUUGUUUUUGCUGACAAUUUGUUUGCAUUAACUGAGUACGCGAUGAAGCUUCGUAAACCCAUGAUCUAUGGUGCUACCAGCCACACAGAAAGGACAAGAAUUCUUUCAGCAUUUAAAAGCAGUCCAGAUGUUAACACUGUUUUCCUGUCAAAGGUCGGUGAUAAUUCAAUUGAUAUUCCUGAGGCCAAUGUGAUUAUACAGAUCUCAUCUCAUGCUGGUUCUCGGCGGCAAGAAGCCCAACGUCUUGGUCGUAUCCUCAGGGCAAAAGGCCGACUUCAAGAUAGAAUGGCUGGGGGUAAAGAAGAAUACAAUGCUUUUUUCUAUUCGUUGGUAUCCACUGAUACACAGGAGAUGUAUUACUCAACUAAAAGGCAACAAUUCUUGAUUGAUCAAGGUUAUAGCUUUAAGAUAAUCACAAGCUUACCUCCACCUUGUUCAGGAGCUGAACUCGGUUACUACCAUCUUGAAGAUCAACUUGCACUCCUCACUAAGGUGCUUAGUGCAGGGGAUGAUGCUGUUGGUUUAGAGCAGCUAGAAGAAGAUACAGACGACAUAGCUCUCCAAAAGGCUCGACGAUCUGUUGGAUCGAUGAGUGCUAUGUCCGGUGCAAAUGGGAGGGUGUACAUGGAAUACAGAACUGGGCAUGGCAAACAGCCAGGGCAGGUCCAAGGCAAAGGCAAGCCAAAAGAUCCUAAUAAGCGACAUGUACUGUUUAAGAAACGGUUUGGUUAAGCUACUACUACGCUUGAUCAACUGGUAAACUAAGCAGGGCAGUACUUAUUUUCCGUUUCAGCCAUUUUAUGGAUUUCAGGUGUAUGGGACAGAAAAUGAGUUUCUUGUGAAAUCAAGUGGACAUGGAAAUCCACCACACAGGCACAUGCAUGCGCAUAUGUUCACAUACUAUUCAGUACCUAUGCGAUGCAUCGAUUGAUCUAUCUCAAUGGUUAGAGAGGGACCCAAAAGAGUGGAAAGAGAGGCUAAAUUAUGAGGAGCCUGAUGUGUAAGAGUAUGUAUAGGAGUUGCUAUUGCCCCUCGCCACAUCUCUUUCUCUCUCUCGCCUUCUUCCUUUAUGUGCAUGCCUGCCCCCUCGCUUCACUGGUCAAGGGAACUCGGUUAGUGUUCUGACUUCCUCACCUCUCUUCAGCAGCAAAAAGGGCGUGAGGGGUUAUAGGUGGGUUCUUUUGUGCAUCUCCUCCCUCCCUCUGCUACUUUCUUUACCCCCACAACUCUACCUAGCUUAGGAAUCAUAGAGGCCAGCAUCACUGAGGGGUGGUGGCUGUUUUAGCCAAAGUUGCCUUAGACUGCUUCAAGUAUUUGAUUAUUAUCCCAUGGACUUUCUUUUCGAAUAUGGCGUUGAGUUAUUAAAAGAUGACACUUCAUGUGCCUUCUCUUUGUGUGUGCUCCAGAAAGUGUAGGGAUUCUGUCGUAUACACAACUUAAAUUGUAAUGUUGUAGUGGCAUUUUGGAAGCCUCUGUGAGAAACCCAUAUUUAUAGCAAUAGCUUAAAACGUGAUUAACAUAUUGUAAGCCUUUCGAAAAAGCUAUUUUGUUGGAAGAUUUGGGGUGUAUGCUGUGUGUUGACACUAUGAUGACUAUGAUGUAGUGGAUGAGUGUAAGCAAUUCGUCUGGUU